AUGGACGACAACUCACGCGUCGUGGCGCGUCUACCCUUUCCAUUAGCUGGGGGCACCAAAUUAGCCACGGCCUCCGAAGUGGCGACGAUUCAGUAUUUGCAGCAAAAAACGAGCAUUCCGAUCCCGAAAAUUCUUGACUGGAGUGAUGAUGCGGUAAACAGUAUUGGAAGCGAAUACAUCAUCAUGGAUCAUGCAGCUGGCAUUUAG